CCUUUCCCCUCCUGCCGCCGCCGCCGCCGCCGCCGCUGCCGGGACGCGCGGCCUCGGGUUGCAGGUUCUAAGUCGCGCGCGCCGUGCACUCUGGCUCGGGGUGGGGCAGAAGACUCGCCCCCGACCCUCCCGCGGAGGGCCCCCUCAGCUUUCUUGUGGUCCGGCGGCCCUGGGGCUCCUUCCUAACAACCCCGGACUGAGUCCCCUCAAGCCGGGGACCCACCCCGCUCCUUUAAGGAGGAGUGGACACCUGCCGCUGUAUCUCUCUAAAACGGCGUCUUCUCUGUGCUCUCCCCUCACACCCACACAGACGGCAGAGAGCUGCAAGAUUCCGUUUGCUCUCUUUUCCAACUCCAGAACCUUCUGAACUCCGCUAGUUCCUACUGGCUCCUGCCCCUUGCCCCGUCCACGCUCACAGGGAGACAUCCCUCAACCUCAUACAGCCUGGGCCUGGCUCCGAGCCUGCGGGCUGCUUCCGGAUCACCUCCUCUCUUCUCUCCCCCUCCCCCUCUGUCCUCUGACCCUCAGUCCCCUUGUCACCUCUUCGAGCCCCCGCCUAACCAGGAGCCAGGGGGUUCCCCCCUACCAGGAUGUGAGCCCCUUUAACCUGUAAUGCUGUGGCUGGCCCUUGGCCUCUUCCAUGCCAUGGAGAACCAGGUGCUGGUGAUUCGCAUCAAGAUUCCAAAUAGUGGAGCCGUGGACUGGACAGUGCACUCUGGGCCGCAGCUACUCUUCAGGGAUGUGCUGGAUGUGAUAGGCCAGGUUCUGCCUGAAGCAACAACCACAGCAUUUGAAUAUGAAGAUGAAGAUGGUGAUCGAAUUACAGUGAGAAGUGAUGAAGAAAUGAAGGCAAUGCUGUCAUAUUAUUAUUCCACAGUAAUGGAACAGCAAGUAAAUGGACAGUUAAUAGAGCCUCUGCAGAUAUUUCCAAGAGCCUGCAAGCCUCCUGGGGAACGGAACAUACAUGGCCUGAAGGUGAAUACCCGGGCUGGAUCCUCUCAACACAGCAGCCCAGCAGUCUCAGAUUCACUUCCAAGCAAUAGCUUGAAGAAGUCUUCUGCUGAACUGAAAAAAAUAUUAGCCAAUGGCCAGAUGAAUGAACAAGACAUACGGUAUCGAGACACUCUUGGUCAUGGCAACGGAGGCACAGUCUACAAAGCAUAUCAUGUUCCAAGUGGGAAAAUAUUAGCUGUAAAGGUCAUACUACUAGAUAUUACACUGGAACUUCAGAAGCAAAUUAUGUCUGAGUUGGAAAUUCUUUAUAAGUGUGAUUCAUCAUAUAUCAUAGGGUUUUAUGGUGCAUUUUUUGUGGAAAACAGAAUUUCAAUAUGUACAGAAUUCAUGGAUGGGGGAUCUUUGGAUGUAUAUAGAAAAAUUCCAGAGCAUGUCCUUGGAAGAAUUGCAGUGGCGGUCGUUAAAGGCCUUACUUAUUUGUGGAGUUUAAAGAUUUUACAUAGAGAUGUGAAGCCCUCUAAUAUGCUAGUAAACACAAGAGGACAAGUCAAGCUGUGUGACUUUGGAGUUAGCACUCAGCUGGUGAAUUCUAUAGCCAAGACGUAUGUUGGAACAAAUGCUUAUAUGGCGCCUGAAAGAAUUUCAGGGGAGCAAUAUGGAAUCCAUUCUGAUGUCUGGAGCUUAGGAAUCUCUUUUAUGGAGCUUGCUCUUGGGAGGUUUCCAUAUCCUCAGAUUCAGAAAAACCAGGGAUCUUUAAUGCCUCUCCAGCUUCUGCAGUGCAUUGUUGAUGAGGAUUCACCCGUCCUUCCGGUUGGAGAGUUCUCCGAGCCAUUUGUACAUUUCAUCACUCAGUGCAUGAGAAAACAACCAAAAGAAAGGCCAGCACCUGAGGAACUGAUGCUCUGCAGGGAAGGCCGUCGCCAGCUUAUCUGUAGCCAGAUGAAGUGCACCCCCUUUCUCGUUCCUUCUGCACACGGCCAGUGACACUGCCUCAGAAAACACAGGCCACACUGCUCGCUGCAACAGAAAACGCAUUUCAGCUUUCCGUACGUUUAAUUUUCUUCAACAUUACCUUGCAAACCACAGUAAAUCAAUAACAGAAUAGUUAAGUACCACAGGUUCUUUGUGUUUUGUUUUAGAAAAUAUUGCUCAAGGCUAAAAGUGGGUUCUAUUGAUGAUUUUUAUUUGCUGCUGGGACACAAAAUGAUCAGAAUUUUCAAGUGGUUUGCUUCCUGUUUGUGGAUUUCCUUAGGAAAAAAAAAAGGAGGGGACAGAGUCAAAUGGAAAAUGAUUGCUGAUAGCAGAAACUCUGGAGUAACUGGUAAUUUUCAAUCCUGUAUUUUAUAGACUAGGCCUGGUAGCUUUGACCUUUGUUACGCUUUUAUUUCAAAUUUUCCAAAAGGGCUGCCUGAGCCCACCCCCUUGGCUCCCUCACACUCACCCCACCAGUAAGUAACCCUCUCUACUAAACAGAGUGAGGCUCAGAAAACGGGAGCAUCAUAGCCAGAAAGAGUAAAAAA